GCUAGCGUCUCACAACGGUAGUGUGUUUCAACAAAUGUAUAAACGCAGAGGAAGUAGAUUUGUCCGAUGUCAACUUGCCCUGAUAUGCAAAUUCAGUCAAAAAUUGUUGAUAUUUUCCAUGACUUAAACAACAAUCAACAAGAAGUUCAGUACAGUGCUAUAAACAGUCAUGCCAGCUCAGCCGGCUGCCAGAGAUCCAGAGGAGGAGAUGGAGACAGAGGCCGACCCUGAGGUUCCUCAGACUAACGGUGAGGUGGAGGACGAGCGAGAGGGAGGAGAUGCAGAGGAGACAAUGGAGGAGAGUGGAGAGGAGAGGGACAGCGACCUGGAGGAGAGUGAGCCAGAGGAGGAAGAGGAAGAAGAGGAAGAAAGUUCAGAAAUGGAUGAUGAAGAUUGUGAGAGAAGACGAUUACAGUGCCUAGAUGAAAUGUCUGAUCUGGAAAAACAAUUCCUGCAGUUAAAAGACAAGCUUUUUCAAGAACGUCUGAACCAGGUUAAAAUGAAGCUGGACGAGGUUUUGACAGGAAAGGCGGGAGAGUACAGAGAACCCUUGGCAACACUGCAGCAGAACCUACAGCAGAGGACACAAGUGGCAGGUGUGUAUAGAGAACUUUGUCUGCAGGUGGUCAGACACAAACAUGAAUGUGAAGUGCAGGGGGCAAGCCAGCAUCUAGAGAGUGAGAGGACACUCUUGUUUGAUGCCAUGAAAACAGAACUGCUGGAGAAGAUCCACAGACUGGAGGAGGACAAACAGAGCAUAGAUAUCACCUCAGCGCCUUUCCCAAGCUCAAGGACGCUUCACAGUAACAAGUGGUGGAAUGAUGAAGUUAGGAUGAAGAAGUGUAAGAAAAGGAGUCACCUGAUUCGCCCAGACAGGAAGAAGAAGGCAUCUCUUGUGUCAGGGCCAUACAUAGUGUAUAUGCUGAGAGACAUCGACAUACUAGAGGACUGGACGGCCAUCAAGAAGGCAAAAGCGGCACUGAUGCCCCUGAAGAAGAAAGCAGACAACAGGCAGGUGCCCGUGCAAUGUGAAGGUGGGGAUCUCUUCUGUGAUGGAGAGAGAUUCUCCAAAGGCAGCAGUGUCGUUCUAGAAGUCAAUGACGACAGCCCAGCACAGGCCGUAAUAACAGGGAUCAGCACAGGAGAGGUCUGGUUCAAGCUCACAGAUGGCACCAAAACCAAAAUAUACAUCUCCCAACUUCAGAAAGGCAAAUACACCAUACGAAAAGCUUAGAGAAGAUACACAUUACACACAGAGAGUGUGUAAACCUACCCUUUAAUAAUUAACACUCAAAUUCAUCGACACCUUUAGAACAGCUUAUAAAAAUCCAAUCUAUUGCUAUGCACUGGUAUUAAUCAGACCGGGGGACUUUAUGUGCAGUGUCUUUUCUAUACAUAUUUCAUGAUGAAUAUUAUAAUAAGAGGGAUCUGGAUCAAAUAUGCAUUCUCUGGUGCAGCUAAAGUUUGUAAAUUAAUUCGCACACAACAUGGACAUGACCAAAUGCUAACAGACCAUAUGAAGUCUUUCUGUAUAAUAAUACUUUUGAGUUCUUUACACUGAAUACAUCCAUAAUACCUUAUAUGAGGUCUGAUACACAUUCAGAUCAUUAUGGGUUUUUGUUUGUUUGUCUAAAGUGAUUAUGUUCACUAAAGACACAAAAUGUGUGAAAAGGACUGCACUCACACAUUGGAUCUUUUUUGUCUUAUGUUGCAAAAACUGCUUCUUUAAACUGAUAUUGUAUCUGAUUUUAAUAGCUAAGGUUUGUAUUUUAGAAGGAAGCAGAUCAGGACUGUUAAAUGUGGCUGUCUCUACCCAGAACACAAGAAAACACAAUCAAACACCUUUUUGUGAUUGCACUCAGAAAAACAAGAGAUGUAACUUUUUUUUCCCGGCACAUUUUGAAAGACUGUUAUUGUAAUGCAUAGUAUUUAUAGAAAUCUGUAAAGCGAUCUGAAACAGAGGGUGCUUUUUUAAUGUAUUUAUGAAGUGUUCAAGAUAAUUAUGUAUUUAUAACAAAAGAAGCAUUAGUAAAAUCUAAACUUUAUUACA